UCCACUGCGGUUGGUGACUCAUAAAACGCGACAUUUUUUCUGUGACAUAAUAUUACGGUAGGUUAAUUAUUAACCUAUGUGCAUUAAUAGGCCCGAGGGGAUAUUGAAUGAUUAGGUACGCGUAUUUGUGCCAUUGCGGCAGGUUAUUAGUUUAAAUAAUUAUUACAUAAAUUGUUCGUGGCAAUUAUAAAUUUCCAUUAAAAUGUAUUAACCUCAAUAUUCGUAUCACAUUAUGACGAUCAUUAUUUUUCUUAUUAUUAUUUUUAUAAAAAGCUUUUUUUUUUUUUUUACUUAUUGGCUACGAUGAAAUGUAAAUAAAAUCGCGUUGUACAAACAUAACAAACGUUAUGAUGAACAAUAAAAUGAAUGUACUUCAGUCAUUUGUAAUUGUAGUUGUAAUGUUUUUGAUUAUCUUUUUUGUUUUUACCAAAUACAUUCCAUUAUACCGAUUAUACCACGUGCGCUGUGAUAAUUUUAAUAACAAUUUAAUAUCAAACAGAAAUGCUGAAAACAACACCGAAACGUCUCCGCCUAUAAAAUCACCGAUUUCGUUUCUUAUUGUCAAUUUUGUAUACGUAUACGCCAUUAUAAUAAUUAUUAUUUGCUUUUACGGCUUAUACGGAUGGACCACGACGAACGUAAUAGUUUCGAUUGGAAAAUUGUCAAGACGACCCUGUGAUAUCGAGAACAAUGAAAACAGCAUUAGUGACAUCAUUUUGAUUUCACAAAUCGCAGAAGACGACAAAUUGAUUCCCGAGCCUAUUCCAUUGCAAAUUUUACCAGAGACAACCGAAUCUAAUGCCACUAAUAAUUACCAUUGUACGUGGGUAGGUGAUUGGAACAAAUAUUGAUACUGAGAAAUCGAUUAUAAUUAUUAAACUGAUUUUAAUCAUUCAAAAAAUUAUGUGUAUUAUCCUAUUUAUGUAUAAAAAUGUAAGACUCAUGUAUUGAUUAAUAUAAUAUAAUUUUUAAUAUUG